AUGACGCUUCGACUUCCUUUCACUAAGUUACUUCACCAUCCUAGUAAAAACAUCUUGAUCCUUGUAUUUGGAGCUCAUUUUCAAGCUUUGGAUACGAGUACAGGUUCAUUUAUAGUUUCCACCCGAGCUUUAAGUUCCGAACUUUCAACUCCUAUAUUAAAAUACAUUUCACCUGCCGAUGCGCAUGCCGCGCCUAUAAGAGCAAUUUCUUUUUGUGACAAAAUACAAAAAGGUGUUGGAUCUUUGCUCGCGACAAGCUGUGAAGAUAAACUGCUAAAAAUUUGGAAUAUCGAUUCAGGGUGGGAUCUAAAAAGUACGAGGCCUGUUGCAAAACGAGCUGUUUCCAUCGCUUUUGAUGCACUCGCUUCACGAGUGAUUACAGCCGAUAAAUUUGGUGAUGUCUUAAGCUAUCCUUUAGAGCUGCCGGAUAAUGAGUGUACUUACGAUUUGCUCUUAGGACACGUCUCUAUGGUCACGGAUAUGGUAUUGUCCCAUAAUAAUAAAUAUGUAAUCACUGCUGACCGUGAUGAACAUAUACGUGUUAGUCGAUAUCCAAAAGGAUAUGAAAUCGAAUCUUAUUGCUUGGGUCAUACGCAAUUCUUAUCAAAAUUACAUAUAUUACCAUGGGAUACCAAUCUUUUGCUUUCAGCUGGAGGUGAUGACUUUAUUGCGUUAUGGGAUUACGUACCAGGAACAUUAAUUCAAGAACUUAACAUCAAAAAACUAAUAGAAUCACAGAUGAACGAUGAAACAAUAGAAAAUUCAGAUAUUGCUUCUGAUGAUACCGAAUAUUUAUCUAAAGCCAUUGCAGUCUCAUCAUUAGUAUGCUGUAAAGUUUUACAACAUAUCGCUGUAAUUAUAGAAAAAUUCCCUGGCGUUAUAAUUUUGCGAUGGGAUUAUGAACAACGUUGUAUUACAUACAAGCAAACUCUAACACUUUGCAACAAUCCGCUGGACAUAUCGUACGAUCUUCGAGGAAAUUUAUGGGUUGCGAGUUCAGCUGAAGAAUUAGUUACAAUCUUUUUAAGACGUGGUGAUGAGUAUGUGAAAGCCUCAGUCGAUCAUCCCUUGGUCCAUCAAAUAAACACGUUUGGGUCAAUGACAGUCGAUGCUCUUCCCGACUUAUAUACCAUUGGUCAGCUUCGCAAAGAACCUACUGAUUGGCGAGAACUAAAAAAAGAUGAACAGGAGGAUAAAGAUGACGAUAGCUCGCAGUCUGUGGAUAGUUUAGAGAAGUCACCAAAAAAGAAAAAGGCAAAGCACGUGGAUGAUAGAAAGAAUAAACGAAUCAAAUCCGAAUAA